UAAUUUUUGUUGUCAUCGCCACCAUGAUGCUCAUUAUCAUCACGCUCAUCCUACUCAUCAUCUUCCAUCUACUACAUCAUCAUUGUUGUCAUCCCGCUGAGAGUGAGUGAUGGAUGGGCGGACCGGUAUGAUGUAACAGAUGGCUAUGUUAGGGAAGCUGCGGGUGGUAUUACCAUCAAGCUCCAGUCGGCUGAUGUGAAAUGGUUUGAUGAAUACUACCUUAAACUUCGUCCUGAAAACAACCUCAGGAACCCUUGGUUUCCAGAGUUCUGGCAGCAUCGUUUCCACUGUCGUCUCAAAGGUCACCCACAGGAGAGCAACAAAUACAACCGCACCUGUAGCAAGCGAGAGUCGCUUCGGCAGCAAUAUGCACAGGACACUAAGAUGGGGUUUGUCAUUAAUGCCAUCUACUCAAUGGCAUAUGGCCUGCAUAACAUGCAACGGGCACUCUGCCCAGGCUAUCAGGGACUGUGUGAUGCAAUGCGACCUAUAGAUGGUGCUACACUGCUGGACUUCUUGAUGAAAACCAACUUCACAGGCGUGUCAGGGAAGGAAUCUUAUUUGACGUAAACGGAGACUCACCUGGCAGGUAUGAAAUAAUGAACUUCAAAAAGAUGGGGAAGGACUACUACGACUACAUUAAUGUUGGCAGUUGGGACUACAGAGGCUUGAAGAUAGAUGAUGAUGAAAUCUGGCCCAACAGAGACGGCAUAAUCAAGUCAGUCUGCAGUGAACCCUGUGACAAAGGACAGAUUAAGGUCAUCCGUAAAGGUGAGGUGAGCUGCUGUUGGACGUGCACUCCCUGUAAAGAAAAUGAGUUUGUGUUCGACGAGUACACCUGCCGAGCCUGUGAACUGGGCUCCUGGCCUACUUAUGACCUCACAGGCUGUGACCUAAUCCCAGUGGAGUACCUGCGGUGGGGAGACCCUGAACCCAUUGCUGCUGUGGUGUUUGCCUGCCUCGGUCUAAUGUUCACACUCUUUGUCACUGCAGUCUUCAUCAGGUUCCGGGACACCCCAGUCGUGAAAUCUUCCAGUAGGGAGCUGUGCUACAUAAUACUGGCAGGAAUCUGCCUAGGGUAUCUGUGUACCUUCAGCCUCAUAACCAAACCCCAUGUCAUCCACUGCUACCUCCAACGACUAGGAAUAGGCUUGUCACCUGCCAUGAGCUACUCUGCCCUUGUCACCAAGACAAACCGCAUUGCUCGGAUCCUGGCAGGCAGCAAGAAGAAGAUCUGUACAAAGAAACCUCGCUUCAUGUCUGCCUGUGCUCAGCUCAUCAUUGCCUUCGUCCUCAUACUGCUGCAACUGGGCAUCAUUGUGGCUCUCUUCCUCAUGGAGCCACCUGCGGUGAUCAAUGACUACCCUAGCAUCCGCCAAGUCGUCCUCAUUUGCAACACCACUAACCUGGGUGUGGUUGCCCCGCUGGGAUACAAUGGCCUGCUCAUCCUCAGCUGCACCUUCUAUGCCUUCAAGACCCGCAACGUCCCAGCUAAUUUCAAUGAGGCUAAGUACAUUGCCUUUACCAUGUACACCACCUGUAUUAUCUGGCUGGCCUUUGUACCCAUCUACUUUGGCUCCAACUACAAAAUUAUCACCAUGUGCUUCAGUGUCAGCCUCAGUGCCACUGUGGCACUGUGCUGCAUGUUUGUACCCAAGGUGUACAUCAUUCUAGCCAAACCAGAGCGCAACGUGCGCAGUGCCUUUACCACUAGCACAGUGGUGCGCAUGCACGUGGGCGACGGCAAAUCAUCCUCAGCCGCCAGCCGUUCUUCUAGUCUGGUUAAUCUGUGGAAACGCAGAGGCUCUACUGGAGAGACACUCAGCUCCAACGGUAAAUCAGUGUCUUGGGCGCAGACUGAGCGCAGCGGUUCACGUGGCAACCACCUGUGGCAACGGCUGUCCUUCCACAUCAAGAAGAAGGAGAACAAUCAGACUGCCGUCAUCAAGCCCUUCUCCAAAACCUUGGAGGAGCGUUACUGUGGAGGGGGGGACCUGCCCCCACAUGUCCCUCUGCCCUCCCUCCCCUCCAUGUCCUCCCUGUCCAUUCAUCCUGACUCUGGCACAGACAAGACCCUAUAUGAGCUCUCCGAAGCAGAGGAGCGCUACUCGAUCACAUACCGGCCGCAGACGCCCUCACCAAUCAGCACGGUCAGCCAGAGGCUUGGGGCAGGUGUAGGGGAGGAGCCCCCGAUGACUGGUAUUCCAAACUACCCAAGCAGCGUUUGCAGCGGCAGCAGCGGCAGCAGCAGCAGCAGUUGCGGUCCUACCAGCAGCGGCUCUCUGGUCGUGGGGAAUGACGGCCGUUUAGUUGUUGUGGACGAUCACCCUGGGAAGGCCCAGAGUUCACUGAUGGAUCAGAUCAGCUGCGUGGUAAACCGCUUCACCGCCAACAUCUCCGAGCUCAACAGCAUGAUGUUGUCAUCCUCUCCAACGCACUCGCACGCACACAAACACACGCCUCCUCCUCCUCACCCCGUCGACCCAUAUCUGUUGCCCCGUGAGAUCCCGAUGCCGCCGACCCUCACCACCUACGCUGACGUCCAGCCCCUCCCACCUGUCGAGUCCAGCUUCGGGGGCCGGAGUGGCUGUCUUGCGCACCCUAUUCCUCAUUCACCUUACCCUGUGCCGUCUCCUCACGCCCAGAUCUCCCCCUCGCUCUCCCCCAUGCGAGGAGGCCUGAUCACCUGCCUCACCAACUCCCCUCUGAGGGGGGAGUUGGAAGAGGAGCUUAUUGCUUUGACUCCGCCGUCGCCUUUCCGCGAUUCCUUAGCAUCUAGUAGUAGCUCACCUAUCUCAGAGACGGAUCUGUGUCUUCCCCCAGUCCCAUCCCAUCCUCCCCCCUCUCCCCCUUCGCCUAGGUACAGCAGCCUGACACUCAGAAACUACAGCCAGAGUUCAUCCUCACUGUGAGGCAGAGAUGACAAGUAAAGAAAACACAGAAGUGAAGAGCAGCGCUCAUAAACAGCACGGUCAAAAUGAGUAAAGAGUAUGGGAGGAUGGAAAUGCUGAAAUCCAUUCCACCCUACGAGGAGUAAAAACCUGAAGUAAGGAGUCAUGGAGGGCUGGUUGGUGAAGACACCAAGUUGCGACAGUCUGCUGCUGUGUUUGUGUUUACAUGUUUGCAGUGAGAUGCAAGUAUAAGAAGCUUGCCCACGUUGUAUUUUCUUAGUGCAGUUUCUCACGAGUGGGGCGGGAAGAACUGCUAAAAGGGCCACUAUGUUGUUUUGGUGUCUGUUAAAUCAGAAAUCAUUCUCGAAGAUCUAGAGCUACGUAUGAUUUAGGUUUGGGUAGUGGCCUUAACGUAACAUUGGCUAUCAACUAAUUAGAGUGUGUGUGUGUGUGUGUGUGUGUGUGUGUGUGUGUGUGUGUGUGUGUGUGUGUGUGUGUGUGUGUGUGUGUGUUGUAUCUUAGUAAAUGAGAUGUAAUGGCAACGUGACAGCGAAGAGUAUUGAUGAGGUAAGACUCCUAAAGCCUGUACUGACUAAACAAAGGCUAUCAAAGGGCACAUAUUUAUUUGACACACACAAAGGCAUGAGCACACACAAAAAUACAAAGGGAAAAACACUGUAAAUAUGAGAGAGUUUAUGGAUUUUUUUCUUUGGUGAUAAAAUCCAACAUGCUUCUGAAAAAAGGUGCAUUGUGCUAACAUACCAGACUGUAUGUUACAAUGAAGAACUCAAAGUUAUCUUUUUAUUCAUUCAGCUCUACAAUCUAUUCCCUCUACAUAGCUUUCUAUUCCUCAGUCCCUCUUUCUCUCGCUGCUUUCUUUGAUCCUGCCAGUAUGUCAGUAUUUUCUACUCUUCCAGUUUGUUUUCUUCAGAAGUUUGAAUGUACAUUUUCUACAUGAUUCCUAAAGCAGUUGGGACCAAACCUUUUGUACAUCUCUGUCUGUGAUUCGAGAAAGAGGGAGAGGAGGGAUUGACAAGACCAGGCCUUGUUUUACCAUAAACAUCUUAGUCAUUAAAAUCGUGUUCAGGUGGAUUAUUGGCAAAAAUCUUAAAGCUUAUUGUGUACAUUUGACAAAGCAUAAUGUAAGGCUCAGCUGGAUCUCACUCAUGAAUUUUGCUCUAUACAAUGUGUCACUUUGUUUCCUCAAAGACAGUGCUUUAAUUUGGAUUAAUCAUUAUCACAAUUAAUUAAUCAUCUCUUAUGUUAGUGGGCACAGAUUGAUAUAUUCAAGCUGGGAGAACUUUUACCAGGGUCAUCUGUUGAACAGGUAAAAAUAUCUUUAUGAACUUCUCCACUCUUUUCAGACAAAGAGGGGCAGAACAACAAAAGAGGUCCCUAUUGAAUAGACAGACACGAGAGUGGUAUUGAUCUUCUCGUCUCACUCUCAGCAAGAAAGCAAAUCGGUGAAUUGCCAAAAUUUCAAUCUGUUGCUUUGAAAUAAGGCCUCAUGAGACUAAUCCCAAAUGUCAUAAUUCCUGGAUUUGGAAAAAUGUGAGUAAACGCAAUCCAAGUGGUAAUCACAUUGUUUUUCAAAAGGUAUUCGGCAAUAGUAGUGUAUCAUUGCAAUAUCAAUAUGAGAUGUUUAUACAUCUUAAUAUUCUAAUCGUAAAUGUCUGUGUAUAUGGGUAAACAGAACUUGCAAAAGACUGCAAAACUAUUCUAAUCUAAUUUGGCAGUUUAAAUUUUGGCUUGAAAAUGUAUGCCUUUAAAUGGAAUAUAUUGUAUUCACAUGUGCCAACACUUAUUAAAAAAGAAUUUGUGAUUACCCAGAGUAGUACUGGGAUGUAAAAUGUGCCAAUGAAUGCAUUCACUAAGAUGCUUUUGAGAAAGUGGGCCCUGGCUUUGUGGCCAACGAGGAAAACUCCAAAGUAAAGAAAAACCAGUCCGAAGGUUGUGAUACACAACACAAACAUUUUGAUACAUUUUGUUUGAGGAAUGCAGCAACAACAUGGAUUAGUAUAUCUGACUUAAUUAAAGAUAAUUAGACUUUUGGUAUCACAACAAAUCAAAUCAGUACGUCACUUUAAAAUGUUGCCUGUGUAUUAUUGUCCAUCAUGAUCUCCAUGUUUUCUGCAGCUGACUGAUGCAGAUGCAGUCCAGUGUCUGAUUUCUCCUUGUGAGUGUAGUAUUUGUGCUCUAUAGUAGCCAGCAAGAACAAACUCAGACAAAGGGAUUCUGUAAAUAAUAAGGGCAUGCAAAGACAGUUCUGUUUUGUUUCAGAUGAAAGUAAAUUUAUUACAUAUCAACAAAGGUGAAAAAAAAGAAAAAAAAAUGUUUUUGAACUAUGUUAUAACAUCAUACAGUACCAAUAUGUGUUACGACUAAGAAACUGUGUUAUUACUCUGAAUGUGUGAGUGACCAUUGCUAUUCAAAUGUCUUGUAAUUCAACAAUAUAAUAAUAAUUAAUAUGAUUAUUGUGCCAAAGGGGUUAGGGAGGGUCUAGCGUACUAGCUUUGUUUUGGAUAUUUUCUACAUAAAUACUCCACAUUUUCCAGUGUAAAAGCAAUAUUAUCCAUACGUAUAGAAGGUGCACAUCUGAAGGCUUUCUUAAAACAGUCUUUUAGAUUGUUGAUCUUUUUCAACCUCCUGUAAUAUCUGGUUGACAAUUCAGCAAGGAAGAUGGCAGGUAGAUAAGGAGACAUUUUUCUUUAUUUAAUGAGAGUGAUACAUUUAGUAAUUUCUAGUAACCAAGAAGGUAUAAUUUUCUUAUUUUUUGCAGUGUUAUCUUCUCACCUCCGGGCUUGUAGUUACAGCCUUGUAGUUAAUUAAGACGCAAACUUGGUCUGGUGUCGUCGAAGUAGUUGCAGUAUCAUGUCUCUACAACAAAUUUGGGUCCCAAAUGAAAAAAGUGGGUAUGCACAAUCAGCAUCUGAGACUUUUGCUUAUGAGAGGGUUCUAAUGUACACAGAGAAAAGCAUGAAAGGAGAACUGUUGAUCCUAAUUGUUUAUAUAAUUGGUUCCUGUCUCAAAGUGCUGUCUGUGUAUCAUUACCUCUACAUCUACUCAUCUAAUUUUAAUAAUCGAGGCCCUGACCUGUUGUCAGACAAUGAACCAGUGUUGUUGCUGAGAUGUUAUCGGGGAGAGGUUGUUUUGUGUGCUGCUGUCACUGACAGUGUUUAAAACAUGCUGAGAGAGGAACUGGGAGCUUGCUUCAGCACUUCAGCUGCAUGUUCUCAGCCCCCCUGGGUGAGGCUCGACAGUUGUGUGCUACCUCUGCAGAAAAAGAAAAAUGCUUUCAUCUACUGCUGUCUUUUAUUCUCUUUAAGGGCUCAGUUCUGUGACAUCAGAUUAUGUUAAAGGUCCCAUGACUCUUUGGAUGCUUUUAUAUAGGCCUUAGUGGUCCCCUAAUACUGUAUCUGAAG